AUGCAUAUGGAUUCCUCCACCAUCCUCUCCAUGAUGCCCUCCUCCCCACUCUGGGAGAACGCCUCCAGCCACCUCCCUGACCCCUACUUCUCCUCCUCCUCCUCCUCCUCCUCCUCCCACCUCCUCAACGAUUCCUCCAGGCAGAAUUGGACCAUGGGAGGUGAUGACGGUUUCGACGACGGCGGUGGGUUCGCACCCGGGGUAACGGGCGUCCUCAUCCCCAUCAUCUACGUGGCGGUGUGCGUGGUGGGGCUGGGCGGCAACUCGCUGGUCAUCCACAUCGUGCUGCACUACUCGCGGCCCGAGUCGGUCACCAACAUCUACAUCCUGAACCUGGCCAUCGCCGACGAGCUCUUCAUGCUGGGCCUCCCCUUCCUGGCCGUGCAGAACGCGCUGCUGCACUGGCCCUUCGGCUCGCUCAUGUGCCGACUGGUCAUGACGGUGGACGCCAUCAACCAGUUCACCAGCAUCUUCUGCCUGACGGUGAUGAGCAUCGACCGCUACCUGGCGGUGGUGCACCCGCUGCGCUCGGCGCGGUGGCGGCAGCCGCGCGUGGCCAAGGCCGUCAACGCCACCGUCUGGGCGGUGUCCAUGGUGACGGUGCUGCCGGUGGUGGUGUACGCUGACGUGAUGCAGGAGGACGGCAACUGCAGCAUCGUGUGGCCGGAGCCCAGCGAGGUCUGGAAGGCCUCCUUCAUCAUCUACACGUCGGCCGUGGGCUUCUUCGGGCCGCUCCUGGUCAUCUGCCUGUGCUACCUGCUGAUCGUCGUCAAGGUCCGUAACGCAGGUCGCAAGGCACGCGCGGCCUCGGUGCGUCGGCGGAAGUCGGAGCGCAAGAUCACGCGCAUGGUGGUGGUGGUGGUGGCCGUGUUCGUGCUGUGCUGGCUUCCCUUUUACGUCCUGAACAUCGUCAACCUGCUGGUGCUGCUGCCGCCGGACCUGCGGGGCCUCUACGUCUUCGUGGUGGUGCUCUCCUACGCCAACAGCUGCGCCAACCCCAUCCUGUAUGGCUUCCUGUCCGACAACUUCAAGCGCGGCUUCCGCAAGGCGCUGUGCCGCUCCUCGCGCAGGGUGGAGAGCCAGAGGGCUACUGUUAACCCAGAGGAGGAGGAGGAGGAGGAGGAGGAGGAGGAGGAGGAGGAGGAAUAUGAUGAGGAAGAGUAUGGGGAGCAGGAUGGAGAGACGCAGGAGGAGGAAGGAGCGGUGCAGAUGGUGGAGAUUUGCAAGAUUGCGCAAAACGGGAGCGGGGGGAAGGGUGUUGUCGUCGGGGAGGGAACCAGAGGCUGUUUGCCACAGAAAGGGAAAGGGAAGGCAUCCAAGAGGCAGGUGCCGAGUGCCUCUGCAGGUCAAGAGGCCAACGGAGAUUUAACUGGGGGGGUUGGAGGGCCGGGCUCUGGAGGAGGAGGAGGAGUUGGAGGACCCAUAGGAGUCAUUCCUUUAGUGGUGAACGGGGCCCGAAGCAGCAAUGUCCGACCGCUCACUGAGAUCUCAGUGGAGAACAGCUCAGUGCUGGAGAUCAGCUACCUGUAACCAGGGAGGGAUUAAACUAUUUGAAGAGUACCAUCAAAGAGGGUAGAUUAAAGAAAGAGGAUUCAAACUCCGCCCACCCAAUGUAAAAGAGUGUGCUCAAGUUUGAUCUCCUAAGGGGGCGUUGUCCCCUCCUUCUUCUUCUCUUUUUGUGAUGUUUGGUGGUGGUUUGCACCAGAUGUGCGCUACCGCCAUCUACAGCG